GGCGGGCAGGCCCUCGAGGCGACGGAAGACCUCAUCGACGAAGUCAACAUGAUCAAAGGCAAGAAGCCCACGAUGAUGGCGAAGAAAUACCCACGAGCAGCUACCGAGACGGCCUCCCACCUGGAGUCCCGGUUCGACGCCGACAAGGACAAGACAAUGUUCCGGCAAUACACGGAAGCAUGCGAGCGAGUCAAGUCAUUCUACGCAGAGCAGCACCGAAAGCAAACCGUCGACUUCAACCUCGCAGCGCGGGAAAAGUUCGCCAUCGACGACACGUCGCCGCCGCGCGACGAGAUGACCAUCUGGGAAGCCAUGGAGAAGCUCAACACGCUGGUGGACGAGUCGGACCCGGACACGGAGCUGUCGCAGAUCCAGCACCUCCUGCAGACGGCCGAGGCGAUGCGACGCGACGGCAAGCCCCGCUGGAUGCAGGUCACGGGUCUGGUGCACGACCUGGGCAAGCUGCUCUACUUCUACGGCGCCGAGGGCCAGUGGGACGUCGUGGGCGACACGUUCCCCGUGGGGUGCGCCUUUGACGACCGCAUUGUCCUGCCCGAGACGUUCUCUGCCAACCCGGACGCGUCGCACCCGGUCUACUCGACCCAGUUUGGCAUGUACGCGCCUGGGUGCGGGGUUGCGAAGCUGCUUAUGAGCUGGGGACACGAUGAGUACAUGUACCAGGUGUGCGCGCGCCAGUCGCGGCUGCCGAGGGAGGCUCUGGCCAUGAUUCGGUACCAUUCUUUCUACGCGUGGCACCGCGAGGGGGCGUAUCACGAGUUUAUGCGCGAGGGCGACCAGGAGCUGCUGGAUGCUGUUCGGGCGUUUAACCCUUAUGAUCUGUACAGCAAAAGCGACGAUGCGCCUACUGUGGAGGAACUGAAGCCGCAUUACCUUGAGUUGAUUGAUGAGUUUUUCCCUCAAAGGGUUAUUAGGUGGUGA